AUGCCUUUAGCGGUUGAUUUGUUGCAUCCUGAUCCAGAAAAAGAGCGCCAACGGCACAAACUGAAAAGACUUGUUCAGCAUCCUAACAGCUAUUUUAUGGAUGUUAAGUGUCCAGGAUGUUUUAAGAUAACAACGGUCUUUUCUCAUGCGACUACAGUCGUCGUUUGUGUUGGUUGUAAUACGGUGCUGUGCACGCCAACGGGAGGGAAAGCUCGUUUGACCGAAGGUUGCUCUUUCCGUAAGAAACAACAUUAA